CUGUUCCUCUCCACACUUCUCUGGCUGGGCUUGUCAGCAGACCUGGAGGUCAGGGAAAAGCCAAGGGGGCCCAGCUUCAUGGAGGCCAGAGCCAUGGGCUCAUGACCCGAGGACCGCAGAUGGCCACUUCCUGGUCCGGGACUCUGACCUCCAUUCUCCUUCCUCAACACUGACAACUUGCCCAGGCUCCGGCUCUGUGGACAUGGAUGCUACCAGCCCCAGGCAGGCUCCCAGCUAUGUUCCCAGGCUGGCUGGCUCUCGCCCUCUUGUCUGUGCUGAGCUUGGGUACCCAGGCCUUCAACAGCCAGCUUGUCAAGUGCUUUGAGGAUCCCCACUAUGAAGAGCUGCUGCAACUGGCUCGAAAUGGACUGGGGCAGACAGCAGAGAGGAAACAAGUGGUGGUGAUUGGGGCAGGCAUGGCUGGGCUCACCGCUGCCAAGAUCUUGCAGGAUGCUGGCCACCAGGUGACUGUCCUGGAGGCCUCGGGCCGUGUGGGUGGAAGAAUCGAGACCCACAGAGUUCCUGGAGCCCACUGGUACAUAGAGCUGGGUGCCAUGAGGAUCCCUAUAAAUCACAGGCUUUCCCAUGAGCUCAUCAGGAAAUUUGGGCUGAUGUUGAAGGAAUUCUGCCCUUGCAACAACCAGACCUGGGUGCUGGUCAAUGGAGUUCGGCAGCGCUCUGGGGCAGUGCAGGCUGACCCUGGCCUCCUGGGUUACUCAGUAAGAGCAGAUGAGGUGGGGAAGACGGCAGAGCAGCUCUUUGAUGAAUCGCUGAGGAAGAUUGUGGAAGAGCUGAAGAACAGCAGCUGCCGUGAGGUCCUGGAGAAGUAUGACUCCUUCUCCACCAAGGAGUAUCUGAUCAAGGUGGGGAACCUGAGCCGAGGGGCCGUGCAAAUGAUCGGCGACCUGCUGAACACAGACUCCGGCUACUACGAGGCCUUUACAGAGACCCUGCGUGGGAUCAUCUCCUUCUUCCAGGAGCCCCGGUUUGAUGAAAUUGUUGGGGGCUUUGACCAGCUCCCCCAGGCCUUGCACAAUUCACUCCUCCCAGGGACUGUCUGGCUCCACUCACCAGCAGAGGGAGUGGAGAUGUCUGGAGACUGUGUCCAUGUUACCCACAGGACACCCGACCCUCUGCAGCCCAGGGCGCGGCUGACUGCGGAUUUCGUGGUGGUGGCUACCACCGCUAAGGCUGCCCGGCUCCUCCGAUUCCAGCCGUCUCUCUCUCUCAGCAAGCAGGAUGCUCUGCGCUCUGUCCACUACAACAGUGCCACCAAAGUGAUCCUGGCGUGCACAGAGCGCUUCUGGGAACGAGAUGGCAUCUUCAGCGGCAAAUCUAGCACCGACAGGCCUUCCCGCUUCAUCUACUAUCCCAACCACAUCUUCCCCAACGGCGCUGGCGUCAUCCUAGCCUCCUACACCCUGGAUGAUGACUCCACCUUCUUUACAGCCCUGGACCACACUCGGGUGUUGGACAUAGUUCUGGAUGACCUAGCUGCUGUCCACAAUCACCACAAAGAAGAGCUCCGUGCCCUCUGCCCCUACUUCACAGUCAAGAACUGGAGCCAGGACCCCUAUUCCAUGGGUGGCUUCGCCUUCUUCACCCCUUACCAAUAUGUGGACUACGCCCAGGAACUCAGCCAGCCAGAGGGGCUGGUCUUCUUCGCAGGAGAGCACACAGAUCUGCCCCAUGGAUGGAUUGACACUGCUAUCAAGUCAGGGCUCAGGGUGGCAAAGGACAUUCAGGAGGCUGUGGACUUGGCUUUGACAAGGAACCCCAGAAACACGAAAGGACACUUCUCCAAAAGUGAGCUGUAGACAAGCACACAGGCUCCGUCGGGGGCGGGGGGUUCCAAACAAGUUUGUCUACUGGGAGACAAUGCAAAACCCCCUCUCACCCAUCUUUGCCUUUGCUCAGAGACUAGAGCUCCAAGGUCGUAGACUGCCCAUGACCUUGGGUUAUGACAGUAGCUCAGCAAGAACAUGUGGCAUGGAGAGAAAAAACAAUAAAGCGGUUGCCAGGCUCAGCUA